AUGCCCGGUGUGCCCGGCCUCUUCAUCAAGGAGCAGAAGGCUGGCUGGAAGAAGAUUGCAAACGCGGUCCACGAAAAAGGAGGUUAUAUCUACAUGCAGAUAUGGCACUCUGGCAGGAUGAACUUGCCUCAGAUGACCGGCACGCCGAUCGUGUGUCCUUCUGCAACCUCAUGGGAUGAUCCAGAGGAGUGCUUCGCGUACCCUCCCCCUCAUACGACCAAGCCUGUGCGCUACCACGAUUUCCCACCCACAGCGCUUUCGGUCGAACAAAUCAAGAAAACCAUCCGGGACUACGUCCGCACGGCCGAAUGGGCUAUGGAAUGCGGCUUUGACGGUGUCGAAGUCCACGGUGGAAAUGGAUAUCUCCCUGAGCAGUUUCUUGCUUCCAAUGUCAACAAACGAACUGAUGACUACGGCGGCACUCCCGAGAAGCGCUGUACCUUCGUGCACCAGCUCAUGAGCGAGAUGAGCAAAGCCAUUGGAGAUGAGAACCUAGCCAUUCGACUCACUCCAUUCGGCCUGUUCAAUCAAAUCCGAUCAGAGCAGCGGAUGGAGACCUGGUCAACGCUUUGCCGGAAGCUUAAGCAAGCCCAUCCUAAUCUCUCCUAUGUGAGUUUCAUCGAGCCUCGAUACGAGCAAAUUUUCGGCGAAACGGAGAAGCAAAAUUUUCUCGAUUCCUGGGGCCUUAGCACCGUCGACCUGUCGUCCUUCCGCGAGAUAUUCGGCGACACGCCCUUUUUCUCCGCUGGCGGCUUCGAUGACACAAAUUCGUGGGGUGUACUGGAGUCGGGCAAGUAUGACGGCUUGCUGUAUGAAAGGUACUUCAUUAGCAAUCCUGACCUGCCGAAACGGCUGAAGGAGGGCUUGCCCCUUGCGCCGUAUGAUCGCAGCAGGUUCUAUGGCCCAUUUGAGGAUAGUGCGAUCAAGUAUACGGAUUAUCUGGAGUGGAAACAGUCGGGUACACCGUAA